UCUUCUCAGAGAUCAGAAAUCAGAGUCAGAAGAAGAAGAAGAAAGCGAAAAGCAUAAUCAUCGCAUAGGAAGAAGAAGAACCCUUCUCUCUCUCUCUCUCUCUCUGAAACGUGGGGCUCUGAAUCUUGACUGUAAUUUGAAGUCUCGGUCUCUCUUUCCCUCUUCCCCCCUCUCUCUGAUCUUGUAUGCUUCAAUGGAAAUUCAUGACGGAGAGAGGAAGACGGCCGCCGAUAUGGCUUUGAAUGGAUUUUCUCCGGUGACUUCCACUAGGAUUGGCUGGAAAUCUCGACGGAGAUCAGCUAGCGGGAAGAAUUUAGAGGUAUCAAACGAUACUGCAAGUGCUAAUAUACCACCCAGCAAACAGGAAGAACUUCCUUCUGCUGAGGAGAUGAUGCAGGACUUCACUGCAGUUCCUGUUCCUGAGCUCUCUGAGCGUCGAAAGGCGUUAUUUGAACCAUUAGAGCCUAUACAGAACAUUAAUGGCCGACGGCCAUCAGCUGAAUCUUUACUGCCUCCUCCUGACUUUGAAUCUGCAAACUAUCCAAAGGGAUGGCUGAUCGGGAAGAAGCGAAAGCUUGUCAAUGUUGAUGUCGUCGAAAGCAUGCGCAGGAUUGCCAUCCAAGAAAUGAACAGAAAGGACCGGGAAAUCGACGGGCUGAACCAACAAUUGGAGGAGGAUGCAAGAUGUCUGGAGCAUCUGCAAGUGCAGCUUUUGGAAGAGAAGAGCAAACGUGCUCGAAUUGAGAGAGAAAAUGCAAUGCUUCAAGAACAAGUGAACAUGCUCAUGAACAUGAUACAAGAAGAAAAUGAGCAAAUGGCUGAUGAUGAUGAAGGCCAUGAUGAACCAUAAUUAGAUUAUUAGGAGUAUUGCAGUAUUAUUGCUAUAUAUUAUGCUCCAUGUGUGUGUCUGUUUAUUAAUUCUUUUUCUCAAGUAAGCUUUGGUGGGGUGUGCUUACGUUUUGCUACUAUAUAUAGUUGAGUCAGUGGAGUGCAUGUAUUUAUAAACUCUUCCCAGGUUAGCGAAAAGGUAUCAAAUCGAACUGAACAUAGUAUUUGUUUAUUGAACAAAGAAUAAUGUAAAUCUCUCAUGAACUGUACUGUAUUAUUGCGGUUUAUUAGUGUCAUGCUCCUCUCAAUUGGAGAGAAUGCAAUUCUACAUCA